CAGACAGCUGACUGGGGACGUGAAAGUGACAUGUUCACAAUGAGGAGGUGACGAGGAGGACGCGAUGAAGAGUAUGUCUGGAGGCGUGUACUGUGUGUGUGUGUGUGUGUGUCCGUGUGAGUGUCGCUCUGCAGGGUUGUUACGCUCCAGCGGUGAAGGCGGGUCAAAGCCAUUCUUAGAUGUGAUGAUGGACGUCUUGACGCUAGGUUGUCACCCCUGGAUCAGUUGUGUUGUUUUGCGUGAUGACUUCAGACAGAACCCUGCUGAUGUGAUCGUGGCCGCGGGCGAGCCGGCCGUCCUGGAGUGCCAGCCACCUCGCGGACACCCUGAACCCAGCAUCUCCUGGAAGAAAGACGCUGCCAACAUCGACGACCGGGAUGAAAGAAUCACAAUCCGAGGAGGGAAGCUGAUGAUCACCAACGCCAGGAAGAGUGAUGCUGGGAAAUAUGUGUGUGUAGGCACCAACAUGGUGGGCGAGCGAGAGAGUGAGAUAGCUGAACUCACUGUGCUCGAGCGUCCUAGCUUUGUGCGUCGCCCAGGCAGCCAGGUGGUUCUGGUGGACCAGAGCGUGGAGUUCAGGUGUGAGGCCCGGGGUGACCCAGUUCCCACGGUGCGCUGGAGGAAGGAGGACGGGGACCUGCCCAAAGGAAGAUACGAGAUCCGCGAGGACCACACCCUGAAGAUCCGGCGGCUGGUCUCGGCUGACGUGGGCUCCUACACCUGUGUGGCGGAGAACAUGGUGGGCAAGGCCGAGGCUUCCGCCACGCUCACCGUCCACGUGAACAAUUGCCCCCCUGCCUUCGUUGUGCGACCCAGGAACCAGGUGGUGGGGGUGGGCCGGACCGUCACCUUCCAGUGUGAGGCCACGGGGAACCCCCAGCCUGCCAUCUUCUGGCAGAGGGAGGGCAGCCAGAACCUGCUGUUCUCCUACCAGCCCCCGCAGCCUUCUAGCCGGGUGUCCGUGUCCCAAACUGGAGAUCUGACCAUCACAGACGCCGAGCGCUCAGACGUGGGCUACUACAGCUGUCAGGCCAUCAACAUCGCUGGCAGUGUCAUUACCAAGGCCCUAUUGGAGGUCACAGAUGUUGUGUCGGACCGCCCACCGCCUGUGGUCCGCCAGGGUCCAACCAAUCAGACGGUGUCUGUUGACGGUACGGUGGUGCUGAGCUGUGUGGCCUCGGGAAGCCCCGCCCCCACCAUCCUGUGGAGGAAGGACGGCGUGCUGGUCUCCACCCAUGACUCCAGAGUCAAACAGCUGGACACUGGGGCACUGCAGAUCCGCUAUGCCAAGCUUGGGGACACGGGCAUGUACACCUGCAUUGCCUCCACCCCCAGUGGGGAGGCCUCCUGGAAGGCCUACCUGGAGGUGCAAGAGUUUGGCGUUCCAGUCCAGCCAGCUCGACCCACCGACCCCAACCUCAUCCCCAGCGCCCCCUCCCGGCCCGAGGUCACCGACGUCACCCGCACCUCCGUCACCCUGUCCUGGAAGCCUAACCUCAACACCGGGGCCACGCCCACAUCCUACAUCAUCGAGGCCUUCAGCCACGCGUCAGGUAGCAGCUGGCAGACCCUGGCAGAGCACGUGAAGACCGAGUCCUACGUCCUGAAGGGCUUGAAGCCCAGCGCCGUCUACCUCUUCCUGGUCAGGGCGGCCAACGCCUACGGCCUCAGUGAGCCCAGCCCCAUCACGGACGCCAUCAAAACACAAGAUAUCCCCCCCACCAGCCAGGGCGUGGACCACCGUCAGAUCCAGAGGGAGCUGGGGGAGGUGGUGCUCCACCUUCACAACCCCACCAUCCUGUCCUCCUCCUCCAUCAGGGUGCAGUGGACGGUUGAGCAGCAGUCCCCUUACAUCCAGGGCUUCAAGGUGAUGUACCGGCCCUCUCCAGAGGGGCAGCAGAGGAGCGACUGGGCCGUGUUGGAGGUGCAGACCCCCGGGGAGGACAGCGCUGUGGUGCCCCAGCUCAGGAAGGGCGUCACCUACGAGUUCAAAGUGCGCCCCUUCUUCAACGAAUUCCAGGGCACAGACAGCGACGUCAAAGUGGCCAAGACACUGGAGGAAGCCCCUAGCGCGGCACCUCGUGGGGUUUCCGUGACGGAGAGCGGAGACAAUGGGACCGCCAUCGUGGUCUCCUGGCAACCGCCUCCAGAGGAGGAGCAGAACGGGGUGGUCCAGGAGUACAAGAUCUGGUGUUUGGGUAAUGAGAGCCGUUACCACGUGAACCGUACGGUGGAUGGUUCUACGUUCUCCGCGCUGAUCCCUGGUCUGGCCCCCGGAGUGCGCUACAGCGUGGAGGUAGCCGCCAGCACCUCCGCCGGCCCGGGCGUCAGGAGUGAGGUCACCUACUUCCAGAUAGAUGCGCUGGGCCGUAUGACGGACCAGGAGAACCCGCUGUCCCAGAAGAUCUCAGACGUGGUCAAGCAGCCGGCCUUCAUCGCCGGCAUCGGGGCAGCCUGCUGGAUCAUCCUCAUGGUGUUCAGCAUCUGGCUCUACCGCCACCGCAAGAAGAGGAGCGGCCUGAGCAGCAGCUACGCCGGCAUACGCAAGGUGCCGUCCUUCACCUUCACUCCAACUGGUGAGUCCUCGAGUGUCUCUCUAGCCUCUCAUCAUCUCUCCUGAUCGUCACCCUGGGCUACCAGACUCCAGGUCUUCUACUGAUACUCUAUUCAUUUAGCAAGCGAUCCAAGCGAUGUACAGGGGGACAUUUGAGAAUACAACUUCUCGAUCAGCAGUCAAAUGCCCUACCACUGAUCUAUACCCAUUCCCAAAAGUAUUCCUUCCUUCCGUCACCGUCCCAAUGAUAAGGCACCCUGUGAGUCAGGCUCCUCUGGAAAAAA